CACUAACGUGGUGAUGAACUACUCUGAGAUCGAGUCCAAGGUGCGAGAGGCCACCAACGAUGACCCCUGGGGUCCCUCUGGACAGCUCAUGGGAGAGGUUGCCAAGUACGUGACAACCACAGCACAACGCUCAGUCCUAUCACAUUUACAUAACUAGCCUAGUAGUUGUGGCUUUACCACUACUCUUUAAUCCCAUCCAUGUUUCUGACGUGCCUCUCAGAUCCACGUUCAUGUACGAGCAGUUCCCCGAGGUCAUGAACAUGCUGUGGACCAGAAUGCUGAAGGACAACAAGAAGAACUGGAGAAGAGUUUACAAGGUGCUGAGAGUCUCCGUUCCACUGCUCCUGUUUCAUUCAUUUGAUCAUGUUGACUGUGGUGAGGAAGCCUAGUGCCAUGUUGAUUGUGGUGAGGAAGCCUAGUGCCAUGUUGACUGUGGUGAGGAAGCCUAGUGCCAUGUUGACUGUGGUGAGGAAGCCUAGUGCCAUGUUGACUGUGGUGAGGAAGCCUAGUGCCAUGUUGACUGUGGUGAGGAAGCCUAGUGCCAUGUUGACUGUGGUGAGGAAGCCUAGUGCCAUGUUGACUGUGGUGAGGAAGCCUAGUGCCAUGUUGACUGUGGUGAGGAAGCCUAGUGCCAUGUUGACUGUGGUGAGGAAGCCUAGUGCCAUGUUGACUGUGGUGAGGAAGCCUAGUGCCAUGUUGACUGUGGUGAGGAAGCCUAGUGCCAUGUUGACUGUGGUGAGGAAGCCUAGUGCCAUGUUGACUGUGGUGAGGAAGCCUAGUGCCAUGUUGACUGUGGUGAGGAAGCCUAGUGCCAUGUUGACUGUGGUGAGGAAGCCUAGUGCCAUGUUGACUGUGGUGAGGAAGCCUAGUGCCAUGUUGUCUCUAACUGUGUUGCUCGUCUCCUCCAGGCCUUGCUACUGCUGGCAUACCUCAUCAGGAACGGAUCGGAGCGAGUCGUCACCAGCGCGAGGGAACACAUCUACGACCUUCGCUCCUUGGAAAACUACCAUUUUGUUGGUAAGCAAUCAUUUGGGGCUGGCGCUGCACAGCAGCACUGAAAGACCAAGAGAAGUGUGAAGGGUAUUGAUUAAUUCCAUAACCAUCCCCAUGCCGCUCCUCUAAACCAAUCAGGAUGUCCUCAGUGGUGAGGCUCUUGGUUUCAGAUGGAACACCCAGGAGUAUUCAUUAGUGAGGAAGUUUCCAUGGCCAUAGCUGGAGUACUGAAGAGUCAGUCAGAUGCAAGUCCAUCACAUUGUGGUUUUAAACCUGGUAUAUAUGCACAUAUGUAAUGUGGACAAAUGAAGAGUAUGUAAAUCAUCAAGUUGAGUGGCUCCUUGGAUACCAACUGUAUGCAUUUGUGAUUUGCUAUGACAGAGGUGAAAUGCUUGGAUGGUUUUUGUACAUGUUUUGUGUGCUAGGCCGAGCCUGCAGAGCUCGCCGUCUGUUUUCAGUGGUACAACAACACAUGCUUUGGAGGGUAAUGGCAUCAUAAGAAUGUGAGAAACUCUGAAAAUGUAUGUUCCAAAAAUGGAUGGCUUGGUUCCUCUUAAUUUUUUGGUGGUUUUGAAAAAGCUGAGGAAUGAGAUCGCAUCACCAUCACUUUUAAUAUGCUCAGCUGUUUUGGAGGCACAUGUUGCUUCAACCAUUUUGGUUUCAGUUAAUGUUGCAGUUAGAAGUUCUACAUGUUUAUGAAUGUCAGAGCUGAUCUACAAACAGCAGUUUCGUUUCCAACUUCAUUUCACUCGACACAAAUUAAACUUGGAGCCAAGUCACUGACCCUCAAAGAGUCCUUCUUGUUAUGGACGGAGUUCCAGUGACUGAAUGAUUCAAAGUACAUCAUUUGGUUAGACCAGUUACCUAGUAAUGUCUGUUAGGGGUCUAGGUUUAUCUACAGGCCAAACAAGCCUGACUAGAGAGACACACUAACCUCUGUUAAAGGUCAGAUACAGUUUAGGUACAUUGAAACCUAACUCUUAUUACAUUCAUCAAGGUAACUGUCUCUUUAGGAUAGGUAGACGGAAAUGUGGAUUCUCUCUCUUUAGAAGUACAGUUUAUAUAUCCUGUGGGGCUCAGUUGGUAGAGCAUGGCGCUUACAACGCCAGGGUUGUGGGUUCGAUUUCCACAGGGGACCAGUUAAAGAAAAAAAAUGCAUGCACUCACUACUGUAAGUCGCUCUGGAUAAGAGCGUCUGCAAAAACAAAAAGAGAGACAUUCACAACUCUGCUAAAGUUGCCUCUGUGUUUCAAGCAUUGGAUAUUGUGUUUUAUAGUACACAUAAUCCAAUACCAUUUCAAAUGUUACAUGCAAAUACAUUUAGGAUGAUGGCAUUUAUUAAAUAUUUGAGUAAGGGGCUAACAGAUUUACUGUAGGGCUAUUUUGAGUUAUGCUAAUCUUUUUUCAUGCUUCGCUCUCAAGAAUGAGCAUUUGGUGCAUGGCAUGAGCACUCACUAGGCUCCGUUACAUAAAGUCCCCGCUGAGACAAAUACUGUCUCCAGGACAGGCCUGUUGUGGCAGGAAAACAAUGGAGCCUGUGUUCCCCCUCCUGAAGGAGGUCUAUAAAGGCCUGGUCCCAAGCUACCAGACCCUCAUCCAAAGCUGCUUUGGCCUGGAGCUGCAGUGCACUGUUCUGUUCUGUUCUCCCUCUCUCAGCCAAAACAAACGUUACUUUAUUUGCUUCAGUGUUGACUUCCUCUUUAACCGCUUACACUAUCAACCCUGUCACUGGAGAAUAAGAGCUCGAGUUUAUGGAUGUUGUUGAUUCUAUUGUCAGUUUUCAAUUAAAAUGAACACAACCUAGUGUAAUGUGGGAAGCCAAAAGUGAAAUGAUUUCCAUACUUUAAUUAGGUGAAUGCCAGUGUAUUAAAGUGUCCUAUCCUGUUGUGUGUUCCCCCUCCCCUCGCCAGAUGAGAAUGGGAAGGACCAGGGCAUCAACGUGCGUCAGAAGGUGAAGGAGAUGGUGGAGUUUGUCCAGGAUGACGACCGGCUCCGGGAGGAGAGGAAGAAGGCUAAGAAAAACAAGGACAAGUACAUCGGUGUGUCCUCAGACUGCACUGGAGGAGGAUUCAACAAGACCAGCCGUAAGUGGCACCACACAGGAGGGAGGGGAGAUUAUCUGUGACGCUCUGUUAAAGCUGUGGAAGAGAAUGUGGUCUCUCAUUUCCAUACUCUUACAAAUCACAAAGCAAAUAUAUUUGAUGCUGUUAUGAAGUUCAUAAGGGAUGUUCCCCUGUCAGCAGGUUUCAUGUUAAAUCCAGGUGUUUCAGACACAAGGCACAUCGGGGCAUAUUCCAUGUUAGCAGACAAACAAAAACACACAAGCAGAUUAAUGUACCUCUAGUCCCUGUCACUGUAUUUUACCUCUAGUCCCUGGUUCUGUAAUUUACCUCUAGUCACUGUUACUGUAAUUUACCUCUAGUCCCUGUUUCUGUAAUUUACCUCUAGUCCCUGGUUCUGUAAUUUACCUCUAGUCCCUGUCACUGUAAUUUACCUCUAGUCACUGUUUCUGUACUUUACCUCUAGUCCCUGUCACUGUAAUUUACCUCUAGUCCCUGUCACUGUAAUUUACCUCUAGUCCCUGUCACUGUAAUUUACCUCUAGUCCCUGUCACUGUAUUUUACCUCUAGUCCCUGUCACUGUAAUUUACACCUAGUCCCUGUUUCUGUAAUUUACCUCUAGUCCCUGUUUCUGUAAUUUACCUCUAGUCCCUGUCACUGUAAUUUACCUCUAGUCCCUGUCACUGUAAUUUACCUCUAGUCCCUGUCACUGUAAUUUACCUCUAGUCACUGUAAUUUACCUCUAGUCCCUGUCACUGUAUUUUACCUCUAGUCCCUGUUUCUGUAAUUUACCUCUAGUCCCUGUCACUGUAAUUUACCUCUAGUCCCUGUCACUGUAAUUUACCUCUAGUCCCUGUUUCUGUAAUUUACCUCUAGUCCCUGUUUCUGUAAUUUACCUCUAGUCCCUGUCACUGUAAUUUACCUCUAGUCCCUGUCACUGUAAUUUAUCUCUAGUCCCUGUCACUGUAAUUUACCUCUAGUCCCUGUUUCUGUAAUUUACCUCUAGUCCCUGUUUCUGUAUUUUACCUCUAGUCCCUGUCACUGUAUUUUACCUCUAGUCCCUGUCACUGUAAUUUACCUCUAGUCACUGUAAUUUACCUCUAGUCCCUGUUUCUGUAAUUUACCUCUAGUCCCUGUCACUGUAAUUUACCUCUAGUCCCUGUCACUGUAAUUUACCUCUAGUCCCUGUCACUGUAAUUUACCUCUAGUCACUGUAAUUUACCUCUAGUCCCUGUCACUGUAUUUUACCUCUAGUCACUGUUUCUGUAAUUUACCUCUAGUCCCUGUCACUGUAAUUUACCUCUAGUCCCUGUCACUGUAAUUUACCUCUAGUCACUGUCACUGUAAUUUACCUCUAGUCCCUGUUUCUGUAAUUUACCUCUAGUCCCUGUUUCUGUAAUUUACCUCUAGUCCCUGUUUCUGUAAUUUACCUCUAGUCCCUAUCACUGUAAUUUAUCUCUAGUCCCUGUUUCUGUAAUUUACCUCUAGUCCCUGACACUGUAAUUUACCUCUAGUCCCUGUUUCUGUAAUUUACCUCUAGUCCCUAUCACUGUAUUUUACCUCUAGUCACUGUUUCUGUAAUUUACCUCUAGUCCCUGUCACUGUAAUUUACCUCUAGUCCCUGUCACUGUAAUUUACCUCUAGUCCCUAUCACUGUAAUUUACCUCUAGUCCCUGUUUCUGUAAUUUACCUCUAGUCCCUGUUUCUGUAAUUUACCUCUAGUCCCUGUUUCUGUAAUUUACCUCUAGUCCCUAUCACUGUAAUUUAUCUCUAGUCCCUGUUUCUGUAAUUUACCUCUAGUCCCUGACACUGUAAUUUACCUCUAGUCCCUGUCACUGUAAUUUACCUCUAGUCCCUGUUACUGUAAUUUACCUCUAGUCCCUGUUACUGUAAUUUACCUCUAGUCCCUGUCACUGUAAUUUACCUCUAGUCCCUGUUCCUGUAAUUUACCUCUAGUCCCUUUUACUGUAUUUUACCUCUAGUCCCUGUCACUGUAAUUUACCUCUAGUCCCUGUCACUGUAAUUUACCUCUAGUCCCAGUUACUGUAAUUUACCUCUAGUCCAUGUCACUGUAAUUUACCUCUAGUCCCUGUUACUGUAAUUUACCUCUAGUCCCUGUUACUGUAAUUUACCUCUAGUCCCUGUCACUGUAAUUUACCUCUAGUCCCUGUCACUGUACUUGACCUCUAGUCCCUGUCACUGUAAUAUACCUCUAGUCACUGUAAUGUACCUCUAGUCCCUGUCACUGUAAUUUACCUCUAGUCCCUGUUACUGUAAUUUACCUCUAGUCCCUGUCACUGUAAUUUACCUCUAGUCCCUGUCACUGUAAUUUACCUCUAGUCCCUGUCACUGUAAUUUAUCUCUAGUCCCUGUUCCUGUAAUUUACCUCUAGUCCCUGUCACUGUAAUUUACCUCUAGUCCAUGUCACUGUAAUUUACCUCUAGUCCCUGUUACUGUAAUUUACCUCUAGUCCCUGUUACUGUAAUUUACCUCUAGUCCCUGUCACUGUAAUUUACCUCUAGUCCCUGUCACUGUACUUGACCUCUAGUCCCUGUCACUGUAAUAUACCUCUAGUCACUGUAAUGUACCUCUAGUCCCUGUCACUGUAAUUUACCUCUAGUCCCUGUCACUGUAAUUUACCUCUAGUCCCUGUUACUGUAAUUUACCUCUAGUCCCUGUCACUGUAAUUUACCUCUAGUCACUGUACUUGACCUCUAGUCCCUGUCACUGUACUUGACCUCUAGUCCCUGUAACUGUAAUUUACCUCUAGUCCCUGUCACUGUAAUUUACCUCUAGUCCCUGUCACUGUAAUUUACCUCUAGUCCCUGUCACUGUAAUUUACCUCUAGUCCCUGUCACUGUGUGUCUCUUUUUGCAGGCCUCUGUUUGUCUGCAGUCUCAGAAGGCUUCCAGAAUAUCGCUCCUCUAUUCCUUCCUCUAUUCCCGACAGACCUCUCCCUCCUUCCUCUCACGCUGCCUCCUCCUCCUCAUCACUGAUCUUUUGAUUAGAGUGGUUUUCACUCCGGGGCCAAUCAUGUCUUCUCACAUCUUCAUCAGUGAGAUUUCGGAUCAUGUUUGUACAAGAGAGACCUCACCACCCUCACCAUGUAACAGAACAUAUCUUCCCCAUAUCUGUUUUUGAUUCGCUGCUUUCUGAUCUGCUAUUCCGAUAUCUAAUCAAGGGGGCUGGCGGGUCCCUUGUCAUUUCAUUAGGAUUGGGUUGGAGACAACUGAUUGAAAGGCUUUAUUUUCAUGCGCCAUUGAUUCCUCCCUUUGAUUCCUGAUAUCUUUGAUUUGCUACUAUGAUUUCCCACUUCAUUAGUCAAACCAGAGUUCCCAUUUGUCAAUUAAUGAUGUGGCGGGGGGGAGGGGGGAUUAUUUUUGUCACACAGGAUCAAAAUAACACUUGAGAUGGAGACAGUCAUCUGGUGAUGCUCUCUCUGUUUCAGCAGACACACUGUAGCAGUGCAGUGUUUGUGUUGGCAAUGGGCCCAUUCAUUUUCAAUGCAGAAUAACCAAUUAUCUGUUGCACAUCUUAAUUGGCAUUCCAGAUAGAUGCAGUGCAUUCCCACAACGGCUCUCAUUAGGUUAGUGAAGUGAGGCUCACUCAGCAUAGCUACAAAACACGUUAAUGGUACCAAAACACACUUGAUUUUUCAGCAUAAACCUGUAAACCCUGUUUCUUCCCUCUCUGCGCCUCUCCUCCCCCUCAGCGGGAGACAUGUUUGACUCUGAGCCCAGAGGGAAGUGGGAUGAGGACUGGGACAAGAGCAAGGGAGCCUUCCCCUUCAGUGAGAAGCUGGGAGAAAUCAGCGACAAGAUCGGCAGCACCAUCGACGACACCAUCAACAAGUUCCGCAAGAAUGAGAGGGAUGACUGGCCCGACCGAAUCAGGUAUUCCUGAGUGAAUUUAAGUGCAAAAGGCCAAAAGCAAAAUGGAGAUGUAAUGCUUAAGCCAGCGUUUCCCAAACACGAUCCUGGGGACCCCAAGGGGUGCACAUUUUGGUUUUUGCACUAGCACUACAGAGCUGAUUCGAAUAAUGAACUAAUCAAGCUUUGAUUAUCUGAAUCAGCUGCGUAGUGCUCGGGCAAAAAAGCAAAACGUGCACCCUGUGGGGUCCCCGGGACCGUGUUUGGGAAACGCUGGCUUAAGUCAAUACCAAUCUGUUUAAUGAUAGAGCAUUUCUUUUUGAAAAACACUAAUCUUCACACCUUUCAUGUGUGUGUUUUGUUGUUCUCUUUCUCCCCAGUGACAGCGAGGAGGACAGGGUAUCGCGGAACGGCCGGCCGGUGUCGGGGUCAGGAAAGCUGUCGGGGGUGGAGUUCAAAGACGAGACUGUUACGACCACGAGGAUCCAGAUCAGCCAGGCAACGGAGACCACCACCACACGCAAGCGGGGCGGCAUCCGCUCCAAAACCGUGGACCUAGGGGCCGCUGCACACUACACAGGGGACAGGGCCAGUCUGAACGCAGACAACGUAAAGGUACCACUGACCUCCCUGUAUCUCACUCUGACCCCUGACCUCCAUGUAUCGCACUCUGACCACUUCCCUAGGCUACUACUGCAUGUCAAUGUAGGCCAAUAGGAUGUGUAGACUCAACAGCACCUGCUUUUGAAGCCUAUAGAGAACACUGUUGAGUUGUCUGCGGAAUCUAUUUUCAUCAGUGAGUUUUUAUAGAGACUGGAACACAAGAUGGUGAUUAUUUCCCGUGGGACAGAAGGCAAGCUGUGUUUCAUCUCUUCUGACUGUCUAAUGACAUGAUAGAAGUGGAUGGCAGCAGGAACAAUGAACAGUGGAGCUCCUGGGCUGCCGAAUCCAAACUGAUUCUAGACUAGUGCUGCUCUCUUGUGGCAGCUUUAGGAAGUGUAGCACCCUGUUUUAUUCCAACUCAAAUUAAAAGUGAACAGCUUGUGUGAGAGUGUCCUUAUCUCAUUCUCUGUGUUCUCUUCAGACGUCGGUCAGCCAGUCUUCAAGCAGUGGCCUUGCAGACCUUCUGAUGGUGGACGCUGGGUCCAGUCAGACGGCACCAGCAGGUAACACCCAUCACUCACUCAUCUAAUGAGCCAGUCACCCACAGUGCUACACACAUAUUGAGAAGACGUUGGUAUAUAAAGUGAUAGCACUCUAAAGUAAGGUGGCUCAAAGCCAUAGAUGUAGCUCCUCCAGAAUCACCAAAUAAAAUAAAAUAAAAUCAAAUUGUAUUGGUCACAUGCGCCGAAUACAACAGGUGCAGACAUUACAGUGAAAUGCUUACCUACAGCCCUUAACCAACAGUGCAUUUAUUUUAAACAAAAAAAGUAAAAAUAAAACAACAACAAAAAAAAGUGUUGAGAAAAAAAAAAAAGAGCAGAAGUAAAAUAAAGUGACAGUAGGGAGGCUAUAUAUACAGGGGGGUACCGUUGCAGAGUCAAUGUGCGGGGGCACCGGCUAGUUGAGGUAGUUGAGGUAAUAUGUACAUGUGGGUAGAGUUAAAGUGACUAUGCAUAAAUACUUAACAGAGUAGCAGCAGCGUAAAAAGGAUGGGGUGGGGGGGCAGUGCAAAUAGUCCGGGUAGCCAUGAUUAGCUGUUCAGGAGUCUUAUGGCUUGGGGGUAGAAGCUGUUGAGAAGUCUUUUGGACCUAGACUUGGCACUCCGGUACCGCUUGCCGUGCGGUAGCAGAGAGAACAGUCUAUGACUAGGGUGGCUGGAGUCUUUGACAAUUUUGAGGGCCUUCCUCUGACACCGCCUGGUAUAGAGGUCCUGGAUGGCAGGAAGCUUUGCCCCAGUGAUGUACUGGGCCGUACGCACUACCCUCUGUAGUGCCUUGCGGUCGGAGGCCAAGCAGUUGCCAUACCAGGCGGUGAUGCAACCAGUCAGGAUGCUCUCGAUGGUGCAGCUGUAGAAUUUUUUGAGGAUCUGAGGACCCAUGCCAAAUCUUUUUAGUCUCCUGAGGGGGAAUAGGCUUUGUCGUGCCCUCUUCACGACUGUCUUGGUGUGUUUGGACCAUGAUAGUUCGUUGGUGAUGUGGACACCAAGGAACUUGAAGCUCUCAACCUGUUCCACUACAGCCCCGUCGAUGAGAAUGGGGGCGUGCUCAGUCCUCUUUUUUUUCCUGUAGUCCACAAUCAUCUCCUUUGUCUUGGUCACGUUGAGGGAGAGGUUGUUGUCCUGGCACCACACGGCCAGAUCUCUGACCUCCUCCCUAUAGGCUGUCUCAUCGUUGUCGGUGAUCAGGCCUACCACUGUUGUGUCGUCGGCAAACUUAAUGAUGGUGUUGGAGUCGUGCCUGGCCAUGCAGUCAUGGGUGAACAGAGAGUACAGGAGGGGACUGAGCACGCACCCCUGAGGGGCCCCCGUGUUGAGGAUCAGUGUGGCAGAUGUGUUGUUACCUACCCUUACCACCUGGGGGCGGCCCGUCAGAAAGUCCAGGAUCCAGUUGCAGAGGGAGGUGUUUAGUCCCAGGAUCCUUAGCUUAGUGAUGAGCUUAGAGGGCACUAUGGUGUUGAAUGCUGAGCUGUAGUCAAUGAAUAGCAUUCUCACGUAGGUGUUCCUCUUGUCCAGGUGGGAAAGGGCAGUGUGGAGUGCAAUAGAGAUUGCAUCAUCUGUGGAUCUGUUGGGGCGGUAUGCAAAUUGGAGUGGGUCUAGGGUUUCUGGGAUAAUGCUGUUGAUGUGAGCCAUGACCAGCCUUUCAAAGCACUUCAUGGCUACAGACGUCAGUGCUACGGGUCGGUAGUCAUUUAGGCAGGUUAUCUUAGAGUCCUUGGGCACGGGGACUAUGGUGGUCUGCUUGAAACAUAUUGGUAUUACAGACUCAGUCAGGGACAUGUUGAAAAUGUCAGUGAAGACACUUGCCAGUUGGUCAGCACAUGCUCGGAGUACACGUCCUGGUAAUCCGUCUGGCCCUGCGGCCUUGUGAAUGUUGACCUGCUUAAAAGUCUUACUCACAUCGGCUACGGAGAGCGUGAUCACAUAGUCAUCCGGAACAGCUGGUGCUCUCAUGCAUGCUUCAGUGUUGCUUGCCUCGAAGCGAGCAUAGAAGUGGUUUAGCUCGUCUGGUAGGCUUGUGUCACUUGCUAGCUCGCGGCUGUGCUUCCCUUUGUAGUCUGUAAUAGUUUUCAAGCCCUGCCACAUCCGACGAGCGUCAGAGCCAGUGUAGUACGAUUCAAUCUUAGUCCUGUAUUGACUCUUUGCCUGUUUGAUGGUUCGUCGGAGGUCAUAGCGGGAUUUCUUAUAAGUGUCCGGGUUAGAGUCCCGUUCCUUGAAAGCGGCAGCUCUACCCUUUAGCUCAGUGCGGAUGUUUCCUGUAAUCCAUGGCUUCUGGUUGGGGUAUGUACGUACGGUCACUGUGGGGACGACAUCAUCGAUGCACUUAUUGAUGAAGCCAGUGACUGAUGUGGUGUACUCCUCAAUGCUGUCUGAAGAAUCCCGGAACAUGUUCCAGUCUGUGCUAGCAAAACAGUCCUGUAGCUUAGCAUCUGCGUCAUCUGACCACUUUUUUAUUAACCGAGUCACUGGUGCUUCCUGCUUUAGUUUUUGCUUAUAAGCAGGAAUCAGGAGGAUAGAGUUAUGGUCAGAUUUGCCAAAUGGAGGGCGAGGGAGAGCUUUGUAUGCGUCUCUGUGUGUGGAGUUAAGGUGGUCUAGAGGUUUUUUUCCUCCGGUUGCACAUUUAACAUGCUGGUAGAAAUUAGGUAGAACGGAUUUAAGUUGCCCUGCAUUAAAGUCCCCGGCCACUAGGAGCGCUGCAUCUGGAUGAGCGUUUUCCUGUUGAUUAAUGGCCUUGUACAACUCAUUCAGUGCAAUCUUAAUGCCAGCAUUGGUUUGUGGUGGUAAAUAGACAGCUAUGAAAAAUAUAGAUGAAAACUCUCUUGGUAAAUAGUGUGGUCUACAGCUUAUCAUAAGAUACUCUACCUCAGGCGAGCAAAACCUUGAGACUUCCUUAGUAUUUGAUUUUGUGCACCAGCUGUUGUUUACAAAUAUACACAGACCGCCACCCCUUGUCUUACCGGAGUCAGCCAUUCUGUCCUGCCGAUGUAGCGUAUAGCCUGCUAGCUGAAUGUUAUCAUUGUCGUCGUUCAGCCACGACUCGGUGAAACAUAAGAUAUUACAGUUUUUAAUGUCCCGUUGGUAGGAUAACCGUAAUCUUAAGUCGUCCAAUUUAUUUUCAAAUGAUUGAACGUUGGCUAAUAGGAUUGAUGGAAGAGGCAGUUUACUCGCUCGCCGUCGGAUCCUUACAAGGCACCCCGAUCUACGUCCACAAUAUCUCCGUCUCUUCCUCACGCGAAUGACGGGGAUUUGGGCCUUGUCGGGUGUCUGUAUGAUAUCCUUCGCGGCCGCCUCGUUGAAGAAAAAAUCUUCGUCCAAUACGAGGUGAGUAAUCGCUGUCCUGAUAUCCAGAAGCUCUUUUUGGUUAUAAGAGACGAUGGCAGAAACAUUAUGUACAAAAUAAAUUACAAAUAACACGGUAAAACACACAUAAUAGUACAAUUGGUUAGAGGGCUGUAAAACGGCAGCCAUCUUCUCCGGCGCUGUUAUGUACACCAGGGACGGGAGGGGAGGGAGCAGGCAGGUCUAAGAUGCCAAGAUGUCAGACCAGUGUGUCAGGCAGCCUGGGGAGAGAACAGUAGAGGGGAUGGGAGAAGAGGACAGGAGAGAACAGUAGAGGGGAUGGGAGAAGAAGACAGGAGAGAACAGUAGAGGGGAUGAGAGAAGAGGACAGGAGAGAACAGUAGAGGGGAUGGGAGAAGAGGACAGGAGAGAACAGUAGAGGGGAUGAGAGAAGAGGACAGGAGAGAACAGGAGAGGGGAUGAGAGAAGAGGACAGGAGAAGGGAGGAGAGAACAGGAGAGGGGAUGAGAGAAGAGGACAGGAGAGAACAAGUAAGAGGGGAUUGGAAGAAAGAAGACAGGAGAGAGCAUUGAGGGGAGAGAGAGAGGACAGGAAGAACAUAGAGGGGAUGGGAGAAGAUGACAGGAGAGAACCGUAAGGGGAUGAGAGAAGAGGACAGGAGAGGAACAGAGAGGGGAGGAGAAACAUGACAUGAAGACAGAGAGGGGAGGAGAGAAUCAGGACAGGGAGGAACAGGAGAGGGGAGAAGAGAACAGACAGGAGAGACAGAGAGGUGAGACGAGAAGAGGACCAGAGAGAACAGUAUAAGGGAUGGGGAAGAGGGCAGGAGAGAACGAGUAUAUUUGAUAAAUAAUAGACAUGAUAGAAUAUUGAACAGAGAGGAGAGAAGAGGACAGGAUAGAAGAGAGAGGAGGAACAGGGGAGGAGAGUAUAGAAUAGGACAGGAGAGACCAGGAGAGGGGGAUGACAGUUUUAGAGGGGAGGAGAGAAAUGAACAGAGAGGAGAGUGGGAGGAAGAGCUAACAGGAGAUGAAACGGUUAUAGAUACAGGAGAUCCGGAUUCUGAUGCUCAUUGGAAGGGACCUCUCUUCCUCCUCCCGUCGCCUUCCCCCUGCUCUCCCCUGCUCUUUCUGAGGUCUCUUUCUCCUCCCCUUAGCUUCCAACAUCCCUUCGCUCCCGAGAGGGAGAUUGAACCCUCCAGAGGGGCUUAGGAUUACCCAGGCGAGGGAGGAGAGGGAGAUCUAGGGACUCUGGACUUCGAAUGGGGUAGAAGAGGAGAGGACAGGGGAGGAGAGGGGAGAAGUGGACAGGGGAGGAGAGAAGAGUAAGAGAGAGGAGAGGAAGAGCAUGCCAUGGCCAGCUGUCUGAGGCUGAGCCAGUGUUUGCUGGGAUGGGAAUGCUGCAUGUGCACACAGAGCUGCUGCGGUCCCUCGUCAUCAUGUCGUUGCCUUCUCACGCUCAGACGACAUCCUCAUCUCCUCCGCUGGCACUCUGUUCGCACUCUCUUUCUCUGUGUGUGUGUGUGUGUGUGUGUGUGUGUGUGCACGCGCCAUCCAGGUGGAAGUUCAGACCUCAUCUGUGGUUUUGCUGACUUCUCCUCCCCAGCUGCCUCAGCCAGUCUCCCUUCAUCAGCCGGUACGUCUCACUGCUUCACCUCUCCAUUGUCGGAACAGUAUCUGCUGUCUGUAUUACAGCUUUAAUCUUAGGCAGGCCACUCCCACUUCCCAAUAAAUCCAGCAGAAAGCCUUGGUUUUCAUAAACCUUGUAGCAGCUUGUGAGGGGAAAAUGUGUAAGUCUCUCUGGAUAAGAGCGUCUGCUAAAUGAUGUAAAUGUAAAUGAAAACCGAAGAGGUGAAUACCUUAGUACAGAGCACCCUGCCCCCCUCCUGCCCCAUCCUGCCCCCCUCCCGUCUCUCUCCGUGCCAUCUCCUGCCCAGGGGUUUGUGGUUGCGGCCCACAUGAUGUCCUGUCCUGUGGAAGUGAAGGUGGUGUAAUAUUGAUGUGCCUGGGAUGAGUCCAGAUGGAGGUCCUACCUGCUGAGCCUCAUAACGACAGACACAUGUCAGCUCUCAUUUGACACAGCUCAUCUCCCCCAGCCUUCACACUCUGCUCCGUGCUGGAUGGAUGGAUGGAUGGAUGGGUGGGUGGGUGGGUGGAUGGAUGGGAGGGUGGGUGGGUGGAUGGAUGGAUGGAUGGAUGGAUGGAUGGAUGGAUGGAUGGAUGGAUGGAUGGAUGGAUGGGAGAAAAGAGAGAGAUAUGGAGGGAAGAUGAGAAGGCCCCAGCAACAAGUCUUUGGCAGUUUAUCUGCUAUUGUCAGAGUCCUCUUUGGAUUUGUGUGUGUACACGUGCGCAUGUGUUCUCAUGCAGUACCCUCUGGUUCUGUUGUGUGUUGUCCUGUGCAGUGGCCUCUGGUCCUGGUGUGUUGUCCUGUGCAGUAGCCUCUGGUUCUGGUGUGUGGUCCUGUGCAGUAGCCUCUGGUUCUGGUGUGUGAUCCUGUGAGUAGCCUCUGGUUCUGGUGUGUUGUCCUGUGCAGUAGCCUCUGGUUCUGGUGUGUGGUCCUGUGCAGUAGCCUCUGGUUCUGGUGUGUGGUCCUGUGCAGUAGCCUCUGGUUCUGGUGUGUGGUCCUGUGCAGUAGCCUCUGGUUCUGGUGUGUUGUCCUGUGCAGUAGCCUCUGGUUCUGGUGUGUGGUCCUGUGCAGUAGCCUCUGGUUCUGGUGUGUGGUCCUGUGCAAUAGCCUCUGGUCCUGGUGUGUGGUCCUGUGCAGUAGCCUCUGGUUCUGGUGUGUUGUCCUGUGCAGUAGCCUCUGGUUCUGGUGUGUGGUCCUGUGCAGUAGCCUCUGGUUCUGGUGUGUGGUCCUGUGCAGUAGCCUCUGGUCCUGGUGUGUGGUCCUGUGCAGUAGCCUCUAGUCCUGGUGUGUGGUCCUGUGCAGUAGCCUCUGGUUCUGGUGUGUGGUGCUGUGCAGUAGCCUCUGGUCCUGGUGUGUGGUCCUGUGCAGUAGCCUCUGGUUCUGGUGUGUGGUCCUGUGCAGUAGCCUCUAGUCCUGGUGUGUGGUCCUGUGCAGUAGCCUCUGGUUCUGGUGUGUGGUCCUGUGCAGUAGCCUCUGGUUCUGGUGUGUGGUCCUGUGCAGUAGCCUCUGGUCCUGGUGUGUGGUCCUGUGCAGUAGCCUCUGGUUCUGGUGUGUUGUCCUGUGCAGUAGCCUCUAGUCCUGGUGUGUGGUCCUGUGCAGUAGCCUCUGGUCCUGGUGUGUGGUCCUGUGCAGUAGCCUCUGGUUCUGGUGUUAGCACACGCUCUGGGCUAUGUGUGCUGGUACUCCCCUUGGGGCGAUCUCUGUUACCUUCACUGUUCACCUGCCUGCCUGACAGGGUGCAAAAACUCCCCCUUAGAGAAGAAAUGUGACAUGCCUCAUGCCUUAUUUUACAUUUGAGUCAUUUAGCAGACACUCUUAUCCAGAGCGACUUACAGUUAGUGAGUGCAUACAUUUUUUUCAUACUGGCCCCCCGUGGGAAACGAACCCACAACCCUGGCGUUGCAAGCGCCAUGCUCUACCAACUGAGCUACAGGGGUCUCUUCAAGUCCUUGGAAAUGCUGAACACUGUGGAUAAUAACAUCUUCACUUAUUUGGAUUAGAUUUUAAGAAAAGCACAGCAACACAUUCAUUUUUUCAAACUGUUAAAAUGAAAUUGAAACACAAUUAGUUUCAACCUGUUUAUAUUGUUGAUGUUGAUGGGUGUCUAUAGAGAUUCAUAGCUAUCAUAGUUAUGAAUCUGAUGUAGUCUUUCAUUUCUAAAUGACCCUUUCUUCUCUCCCUAGGGCCAGGGUCCAGUGGGGACUGGAAUGCGUUCUCCAGUCCGCUGGCCACCACUCCUCCAUCUCAGCCAAUCACAGACCUGUUUGGUAGCAUCCAGCCUCCCCCGGCCUCGGCCCCCGCCCCCACCCCACCCUCAGCUGACUUAUUUGACCUGAUGGGCUCCAAUCACACAUCCCUCAGCGCCUCCCAAAGCAUGACCUUCUCCAUGUGUGGUACCCAGAGUGUGGGUGUCGCCAACACUGGCCUGCCCAUCUCCAGAUCACAGGUACGGGUGGCUCACAGGCCCCCACCUCACUACAUGAGAUAUUGUUAUAGCUGGAAGUGCCUCAUUAUCAUGGAAGAGGUCUACGUUGUGAAUACAAAGGAUGUGGACACCCCUUCAAAUUGGUGGAUUCGGCUAUUUCAGCCACACCCGUUGCUGACAAAUCGAGCACACAGCCAUGCAAUCUCCAUAGACAAACACUUGCAGUGGAAUGGCCCGUACUGAAGAGCUCAUUGACUUUCAACGUGGCACCGUCAUAAGAUGCCACCUUUCCAACAAGUCAGUUCGUCAAAUUUCUGACCUGCUAGAGCGGCCCCGGUCAACUGUAAGUGCUGUUAUUGUUAAGUGGAAACGUCUAGGAGCAACAACGGCUCAGCCACGAAGUGGUAGGCCACACAAGCUCACAGAACGGGACUGCCGUGUGCUGAAGCGCGUAAAAAUUGUCUGUCCUUCGUUGCAACACUCACUACUGAGUUUCAAACUGCCUCUGGAAGGAACGUCAGCACAUGAACUGUUCGUCGGGUGCUUCAUGAAAUGGGUUUCCAUGGCCGACCAGCUGCACACAAGCCUAAGAUCACCAUGCGCAAUGCCAAGCGUCGGCUGUAGUGGUGUAAAGCUUGCCGCCAUUGGAUUCUGGAGCAGUGGAAACGCGUUCUCUGGACUGAUGAAUCACGCUUCACCAUCUGGCAGUCCGACGGACAAAUCUUGGUUUGGCGGAUGCCAGGAGAACGCUACCUGCCCCAAUGCAUAGUUCCAACUGUAAAGUUUGGUGGAGGAGGAAUAAUGGUCUGGGGCUGUUUUUCAUGGUUCAGGCUAGUUCCAGUGAAGGGAAAUCUUAACGCUACAGCAUACAAUGACAUUCUAGAUGAUUCUGUGCUUCCAACUUUGUGGCAACAGUUUGCGGAAGGCCCUUUCCUGUUUCAGCACGACAAUGCCCCGUGCACAAAGUGAGGUCCAUACAGAAAUGGUUUGUCGAGAUCGGUGUGGAAGAACUUGACUGGCCUGCACAAAGCCCUGACCUCAACCCCUUCGAACACCUUUGGAUUAAUUGGAAAGCCGACUGCGAGCCAGGUCUAAUCGCCCAACAUCAGUGCCGACAUCACUAAUGCUCUUGUGGCUGAAAGGAAGCAAGUCCCCACAGCAAUGUUCCAACAUCUAGCGGAAAGCCUUCCCAGAAGAGUGGAGGCUGUUAUAGCAGCAAAGGGGGGACCAACUCCAUAUUAAUGCCCAUGAUGUUGGAUGAGCAGGUGUCCACAUACUUUUGGCCAUGUGGUGUUGUGUGAUUGUAGGAUAGAUGAUUGUGAUAACCUGGCCUGUGUUUUUGUGUUGUCUCUUCUUUGGGUUUUUGUAGAACUUUGGGCCAGUGCAGGGGGGCUUAUUGCCCCAGCACAUAGGGCUCCAGAAGCCCUGCCUCCCCCCCACAUGGUCGGACCCCAGCGUCAACAUCAGCCUGGACUUCCUGUCUCCUGGCAUGCCGACGACCAACUGCAAGCCCAGCCUCAACAACAUGUUACAGCAAGGUCUGUUAUCAACUCACUGUCCUCACUUAUUUCUCUGUGUUGGCCGUCAACUCACUUGUAAUGUGAAUUUCAUUGUGUCAGUGCAAGGAGAUCUAACUGACAGUAACAUCAACAUAUUUGUCAUUUCAGAUCCCCUGCUUUCAGGAGUCCAGCCGUCCAUCAACCUGGCUCAGAGUUUUGGAGGCCUGAAUCUGAACGUCCAGCCCACAGCCACACCCAUCAGACUUUCCACCAACCCCAUGAUGCCCACCAGCGCCAUGGGCCUGGGCAUGCCUCCCACCAUGGCAACGGGUACCAUGGGGAUGGGCGCCAUGGGAAUGGGAGGAGUGCCUGUCAAUCAGGGAAUUAUGGGAAUGAACAUGGGCGUGGCCCCCGCAGGCAUGGGCCUGCAAGGCACCCUGGGUAUGCCAGGGAUGUGCAUAGGGCAGCCCAUGGUCAACCCUGCCAUGGUGCAACCCAAACAAGAUGCCUUCGCAAACUUCGGCAACUUCGGGAAAUGAGAGAGCUGAAGGAUUUGUGUGGAAGAGUAUCGUUCAGAAUACACCAUUAUGAAGGAAAAGCUGCAUACAUGGACUACUUGAAAAAUAUCUAAUGGUGUUACCCUUCAAUCCGUAUAUACACUGAGUGUACAAAAC